AUACAGUGAUUUACCUACUAUAAUUUUAGAAACAUCUACUCAAAGUACUCCGCCUAAUAAUUAUUAAUAAUGAAUAAUUUUAUAUUUAUUGUUCAUAGGACGAAACCAUAAUUAUAAAAAGAAAUAAAUGUUUUCAGUGUUAACUAUCGAAUUUGAUAAAGUUGGAACACAUUCGGUUUUUCUUCUGACGAUAUACAGUAGUACAACAAUAAACAAAAUACAAUUAUGGAACUAAAUACAGGGACAAAACAACUUGCGCAAUUCAUUUUGGAUGAUUGGAAAUUGUUACUAUGUCUCACAAUUUUAUUCGCAUUAUAUUUCCAUUACACUAGCACAUUUGAUUUCUUUGAAAAAAAAGGCAUAAAGUUUAUGAAACCAACCAUAAUAGUGGGUAAUAUUGGUAGUCGGAUUUUGGCCAGGACAUCGUUUCAUGCUUUUCAGUUAGAAAUAUAUAAUAAUUUCAAGGGACAUCCCUAUGGUGGUAUUUUUGAAGGAAGAAGGCCUGUUUUGUAUUUGAUUGACCCGGAUAUAAUCAAAGCUGUAACUAUUCGUGAUUUUGACUAUUUCAUGGACCGGCUUGCAUUUAUGAGUAAUGCACCGAAAUAUAUCAGUAGGUCACUUCUUAAUCUCAAGGGAGCAGAAUGGAAGUCAGUUCGUAGCACCAUCACUCCAUCAUUCAGUUCUUCGAGACUAAAGCAUAUGUUACCUUUGAUUCAGUCAUGCUCGGACCAAAUGGUUAAAUUUUUAAAACAGUAUGCAGAAAAUAAAGACAUAGAAAUGAAGGACAUAAUGGGUCAUUUCACACUUGAAGUAAUUGGCACAUGUGCAUUUGGUAUUAAAUCAGAUGCGUUGACUGAUGAAAAUGCAAAAUUUGUUAAAGUUGCAGAAAAGUUUAAUUAUAUACCAGCUCAUAAAAGAUUUUUCCUAUUUUUUUUGUUGAUGUUCAUGCCUAAAAUGAUUAGGUAUCUAAAUAUAUCUUUUCUUCAUCAUGAGACAACAAAGAAAUUAGUGGAAAUGUUACAAGUUACUAAAGCUGAGCGUAGAUCUACGGCCAGGAAAAAUGAUUUUCUACAACUAAUGAUUGAUGCUGCAGAAAAGGAAAAAGAAAUGUGUGAAAACAGUAAUGAAAAGCCCCAUUUGGAUGACGACACAAUUGACGCGCAGAGUUUGUUGUUCCUCAUUGCUGGCUAUGAGACAUCAAGUACUUUGCUCUCUUUUGCUAUCCACACAUUGGCAGUGCAACCGGAGAUUCAGGAAAAAUUGCGAGAACAUAUCGUUGAUGUCACAACCGGAAAGGAAAUGAGCUAUGAACUGCUUUCACAACUUGACUAUCUGGAGGCGUUCUUACUUGAAACUCUUCGGCUAUACCCUCCAGUAGCUCGGGUUGAUAGAGUUGCCACUAAACCGUACACCCUGCCAGGUACUUCUAUCAAAAUAGACGUAGGAGAUACGGUUUCAAUACCAGUGUAUGGGAUACACAUGGACCCUGACCAUUAUCCAGAACCUGAGGUAUUCAAACCAGACAGGUUUAUGAAGGACGGGAAAGUAGAGAGACCAUCACAUCUGUUUUUGGCAUUCGGAGCUGGUCCAAGGAACUGUAUUGGUCUUAGGUUCGCCAUGUUCUCUGCAAAGUUAGCCAUGGUGAGUCUAUUGAAGAAUUUCAAGUUUACAUCAUGCCCCAAAACAGAACAGCCGAUACAGUUUCACAAGAGUUCUAUGUUACUCAAAGCAAAGACAGGUUUGUGGGUACACGUUGAGAAGAUUUGAAUAUUUGCCGUAUAGUAACCUCAUAAUUUGGUGAUGGAAUUAUAGUUUAGAAUCUACUUGGUCUUUGGGUAAAAUGUAACUAACAGCUUAUGCAUAUGUAUAUUUAGGCAGAAGUAUUCAUUUAACAGUAAAUCAUUAUUGUUUUAAACAAUUCAAAAGGAAUUCGAACACCCUUGUUUUUUUAUGCUAUCUAGUAGUCUAUUAAUGCAUAAAACGUGAAGUUAACUUGAACGUUUUACUUAAACCUAAGAGAUGCAUUCGGUCGUCUCUGCGUGCUUCGCUAUAGUCUUCGCUCAGAGUUAAUCAAAAUCUUAUAUAUAAAAUUCUCGUGUCACAAUGUUAGUUACCUUACUCCUCCGAAAGGGCUUUACUGAUUUUUACCAAUUUUUAUAUUAUUCAGUAGGUCUGAGAAUCGGCUACUAUCUAUUUUUCAUCCCCCUAAAUGUUAAGGGUAGUCCAGCCCAAAGUUUUUUGACAAUUUUUUUUAUUUUAUUAUGAUACAGCAUUGAAUACAUACAAAUUUAAAUUUUCGCCCUUCUACGACAAUUUUUAUAUUAUUCUGUUCCAUCCACCAAACCGAUAUAGGGUUGCAAGAUGGCAAUCGAAUACAAUAAUUGUAGUACGAUAUUUGUUAGGUCUGAGAAUCGGUUGCAUCAAAAAUUUAAUAGUUGAUUUUUUUUAAUAUGUUAUAUUAUGUCAAUACGACACUUGCUGGGUCAGCUAGUUAUUUAUAAAAGCGACUGUAGUUUUGUACUCAGAAUACAGAAGAAACCAGAAGAAAACACAUUCUCGUUAAUACGCAGCGCAUUAUGUCCAAAUUUAGUAAAAUAGUCAUAACUAAGCUAAAAUUCGCAAAGAGCUGAAAAUUUGUUGAGACAUUAAAUACGCCAUUAUAAAUGAAAUUUCAAAAAUCCCCCUUGAUCCUACUUCUGCAAAAACUUUUUAUUGAAGCUCAAAGGUACAAUAUUAAGGUUUUUUCCAUUUUUCUCAAAAAUUGUUCAGACACUUUAUUUCUAACGAACUAGGCGUUUACAUUGUCUCAUAUUGGGGCGCGUUGACAGUUUCUGUUUUGAUCUGUAUUCUGAGUUUUUGUGGUACGAGGGACAGAUAUUGUAAAUUGCAAGGUAUCGUAUAACUUGUAAUAACCUGGAGGUCUAUUACCAAAAUCGAAAGCCGUAGUUUCGGUCCGAAACGAAAGAACGACGAACUUCGAAUUAAAUCCUAGUACCAAAGUACUUCGGAUCCGAAUAUUGCGGAUGGAUUUCGUUUCGGAACCAUAGACAUAACCAUAAAAAGUAAAUGUCAAUUGACUUUGGGAAUAAGAUAAACGAAAGACAAAAUGUCUAACGCGAACUUCGUAUCGAUCUUCGGAUCCGAAACACUUUCGUAAUAGGGAAAUGUACGAUCCGUCAACCGAAACAUCGUAUUUCGAUUGUGGUAAUAGGGCUCCUAUAUUAAUUUAAGUAGUUUCAGUGUGAAAUUCUGAAUUUAAUUUUAUGUGUCAACAUGUUAAAUACAUGUCUCAUAUUUUAUCAUUUUAACUGGCGCACAGCUCUUUGGUCUGUUGUUAAACUUGCGUAUUGUAAAUGUAUUCCUUGUGACUAUUUUUUCCUAGUUAUUUUGCUAACUUUAUGUAAGUAUUUGAAUAGUUAGUCAAUGAAACAAACGACCUUGAAACCAGUGAGAUUACGAAAGACAGUAGUUCUUGCCAACUCGAAAUAUUAUAAUAUAUGUAGAAUUAUAUUGUAGUUCUGAGAUUAUUUGCCAGUACUCAUUAUUAUAAAAAUGGCUGUUCUUGAUUUAAGUUAGUUUUAUAUUAGAGUUUUAUAUUAGUUAACGGGUUAAAAAGCACUAUUUCGUGGCAUGAGACUUGUGAAUAAUAAAAUGAAUACAAAAUGAAGUGGUAAAUUGCAUUUUAUUGCGACUACUAAAUAAAGUUGACUAUCAUGUUGUCCGAUUUUUUUUUUUAAUUUGAGGUAGGUUUUGAAAAAAUAUGUUAAUGCUUAGCUUCGUAGCGAGAGUCAUGAAGACGACUGGUUUUAAUUUUUCUUAGAUAUUCUUUAAAUUGAAUUCAUAUUUCUUACAAUUAAUUAUUUUACUAAAAAGGUAUAAUAAUGGUUAUUGGCGCUUGUUGGUUUUUAGGAUAAUGCAUAGGAAUUAAGAAAAUAUGUAUAUUAUAUAUUUGGAAAAAAAAAUAUUUGUAUUUUUUUUUACACAAACUAGUAAAAAAAGAAGGACUCCGCGCCGUGAUAUUAGCAAGUGAAGCACCUUUAUGCUAGUGUGUGUGUGCGGUUACGGGGUAUACCAGUUACACAAUUCUUUCUCCGUAAGAUAAUCAUAUAUCCACAAAUACUUUUAUAUUAUUGUUUUUACACUUUUUCACAAGGUACGACGGCAUUUUUAAAAUAUUUUAUUGUGACGCAAACUGAUCUGUUACAGACGAUGGCAAAUCUCAUAAUGGCGCCCGAUCGGCUUGUAUUAGUGUAAGUGUAUGCGUGGGGCGUAAUACAUAUAUUUACACGUUUACCGGCUUGUUUUGGUGCCUCACUGUUAUGUAAGGUGACACGGAGUGCUUAGUUUUUUACUCGUCCGUGUAUACUUAAUGAAAUUUUGCAAAGUAACGCUUUAUUCAAUUCAAUAACACAACAUCAUUGUGAUUCAUUUAAUUAGGUGUACUGUGAUACGAUGUGCCGUUAUAGACUGUUAUUAAUAGUGAUACUAUUUAGAUGCAUUUUAUAUUAUAUUUAUUGUGACUUUACCAUUUUGCUUUUUAAAUUAUGAAUAAAAUUAUAUGUUUACAA